AUUUGAAUUGUCUUCUAAUGGUAAUAAUAAAUAUCUUUCUAGCUCAUUUCAUAGACUAUCCAAUUGUUUAUUUGUAAGUGAUGUAUUAGAAGAAAUGGGCAGAACUGAGGUAGAAAAAGUAAAUGAAGUGGAAGAAUCAGGAGAAAUAGAAGAAUUAGUUGGAAUAGAGAGAACAGAAAAAAUAGGCGAAAUAGAAGAAAGGGAAGUUGUAGCAAAUGUGGAAGAUAAUGGAAGAGUAGAAGCAAUAGAAGAAACAUGA